AUGUCGUCCACUACUACUGUCUCCACCACCAGCACGGGCACCGAGCCCGCGACGAUUCGGAUGCCACGGUACCACACAAGCCUGGUUGAGAACCGAGCUUUUGUGCCACCAAAAGACUUCGAGUUCCCGGCAGGCUUGAAGCAAGUACCAAUAAACCCGCAGGGGCCAACGGAAGUGCCUGUGCAGACUGCUCUGGACUACUCCAAAGACGAUAUCCCUGAGCCUCUUGGCCCGUACGAGCAUGUGGAUUGUGCAUCAAGGGCAGAUCCCGAGAAAAGGGCCCUCCUCAGUGCGAUUCCAAAGCACAAAGACAUGACACCCAAUAUCGGGACCGAGGUUUGGGGCCUGCAGCUUAGCCAGCUGACCAACCAGCAAAAGAAUGAGCUUGCCCCCUGGGCUGCUGAACGCGGUGUGCUGGUAUUCCGAGGCCAGGACUUUGUUGAUCAGGGCCGAGAGUGGCUCAAGGAGUAUGGCAGCUACUUUGGCCGCCUCCAUGUGCACCAGUGGGGAGUCCACCCAAAAGACACGCCAGAAUUGACGGUAGUAUUCCGUGACAGCGACAAGGGAUCCUAUUUUGACAACCAGAAAGAGGGACAGCUGAACACGGUGGCUUGGCACACUGACAUGUCCUACGAGAUCAACCCCCCCUGCACGACUUUCCUCUCCUCCCUGGCCGGACCCGAGUGCGGCGGCGACACGUUGUACCUGAACGCCAUGACGGCUUACGACCGACUGUCGCCAGUGAUGCAGAAGUUCCUCGAGACGCUCGAGGCUCUGCACUCGGGCACGAGGCAGAACCUCUUGUCGGGCAAGACCAACCUGGCGCGGCGCCCGGGCAUCGAUACUGUCCACCCCGUCAUCCGCAAGCACCCGGUGACUGGGCGCAAGGCCAUCUGGGUCAACCCCGAGUACACGACCAAGAUUAUCGGCAUGAGGAAGCCUGAGAGCGACAUGCUGCUCAACUUUCUGUUCGACCACCUCCACAAGGGCCUUGAUUUCCAGACCCGAGUCGCUUGGGAGGAUGGCACGGUUGUUGUCUACGAUAACCGUAUGGUGCAGCAUUCCGUCACUCUGGACUAUGGCUUGGGUAACGGCGUGAAGAGACACUUGGUGCGGGUCACUCCUCAGGGCGAGACACCAAGCUUGAGCUGA